CUUGUUUUAUUAUGUGGCACUGGAAAUUCCUUGAAGUCUGCGGUGCCCUCCUUUACCAUCCUGGAGACCAGAAGCUGUGCUGGGACUCCUUGGCCCAUAAGAGUGGUGACAUUGCAAAGCUACAUCAGGAUUUUUUGACCCAGCUUAUGUUGCAUGAAAACUUUGGAGGCUCAUGCCAUUCCAGAUAAAUACAGGGUUUGCGGAAUGAACCUACCCACUGCUUUGCUUGGCGGAGGUUUUUGCGAGUAACCAGGAAAGCCUGAAGACACAAGAAGAGUGGUACCCUCUGGUGAGUGAAGGUUUGGUUACCUGAAGCCUCUCUUGCUAAUCUUGGCUUGUCAUUUGCGAGGAAGGGGAUUCACUUGGAGAGGGGAAAAUAUAAAUCCAGUCCCCAAAGCGAAGGAAAAAUUCUGAAAUGCAGAAAGGCUUAUUUGCUGCCGCAAAUGGGAGUCUGGAAUAACUAUGAAAAACACACUGAAAUAAUUGUGUUUGACUGGAACAAAAUUCUUGCAAAGUCCCCAAGGAUGAGAUUCUGUGCCAAAUCAAUGCUUCUAUCUGACUGGCUCUUUCUGGUCUAUGUGUUAAUGGUCUGCUGUAAAUUGUUGUCCGCCUCUAGCCACCAUCCCCGGGGGCACACAGGCCAGCACCAAGUCAAGCAAGGGACAUGUGAAGUUGUGGCAGUGCAUCGUUGCUGCAAUAAGAACCGGAUUGAAGAACGAUCACAAACAGUCAAGUGUUCUUGCUUCCCAGGGCAGGUGGCUGGUACGACAAAGGCUCAGCCCUCGUGCGUGGAAGCUUCCAUUGUUCUACAGAAGUGGUGGUGUCAUAUGAACCCCUGUUUGGAUGGAGAGGAUUGUAAAGUACUACCAGACUAUUCAGGUAACACGGUAGCAACAAAUAAACCUGUGGGUCACUACUGGAACAAUGACACGUGCAACUGUUGCUUGGCUGUUACACAGAGACCCUUUUUUUGUCAUGAUGUUACUGACUUAAUUCUUUGAACUUGCAAAAUUAGUCAGCAAAAAGGACAAUACUUCUCCUUUCAACUGUGGCUGCAGUUCCUGAACCUGAAUUUUGCUAUACAGAAUGGUACAUUUUAAUUUCACGAGAAAAAGGAAGGAGAUGUGGUUCUACCUGAAAUGCACCUUGGAUUCCCAAAGAUCUGUCACCUGGCAGAAAUUUGUGCAAGCAUAUACCUGAACUUCUGCAGUGCAUUAAUGAUAAGACUGUCUUAAUGAUACUAAGAUAUGUAAAAAUGUUUUAAAUGAGUUUAGAUCAUGAAUGUAACCUAGGGGGUCAUAGAAAGAAAAUUAGAACCAAUACAGAUGAUCUUAAAGGUCUUUUUGAACCUAAAUGAUUCUAUAAUUCUAUGGAUUUCUCUGAGGUACUUCUCACAUACAGUACAGCAUAAAAAUACAAAGCUGAUCCCAGUGCUAAGUGAGGUGACAGGACAGUGUUAGUAAAUUAUGUCUUAGCGUAUUUUCAACAGUGAUUUAGUAACUAUCAAGGCUGUAUGAAGGUGAAAAGAUGGAACUUAUAAAUCAGUAGCAAUUAUUGUAGGGCAUACUUUGGUUGUAGCUGUGCAAUUAUAUUUUUUUCCUUAGAUAGUUCUAGAUAGUUUAACUUUUAUGUUCAUAAGUGAUGGCAGGAAAGCAUGAGGAAGAGACAAAAUCUGAAAGUAGACAUAGUUUUUCUUGUCCUAAAAUAAAUCCAUUCUCUAGGGGAAUAGCAAAGUAUACAUAUUCCUUGCCUCUUUGAAUCUAGAUACGGAAAAGAAUUUAGCCAUUAGCUAGAAAUACUCAUUCAGAUGCCUCAAAAAACGGAGAGCAUGCUUGUACUGCAUAAGGAAAGCUUACUGGAAGAAGAGUAAUUUGUUUGGAGUUUCAUAGCCUUGGUUAUAUCCUAAUAGGUAACAUACUUAAAAUUCAUAAGAAAAAUUCUAGAUAAAAAUGAAUCCUCAGUUGCAAUUAGUUCUUGUUUAGAAAGAUUAUAAUAAUUAAAUGUCCAGAUCCUUGACAGUCUGAAUUUCCAAGUGGUUACAUUUUGUGACACAUAAUUGUUCCAUAUUAUUGUAGAUGCAUUUCAUACUGUUUUUCUUAUUUGCCUGUUGCAGUUUUUUGUCAUCAGUCUGCAUAAAUAGAACAGUAAGCAGAAGUGAAGCUGUAGCAAGUCUGUUCCCCAUUACAUCAUUUUUUGACUUAAGAUGCGUUGAAGCAGACUAAAAUGCAAUGAUGCAGAUGGCUAUCAUACAGAUGAACUGCUGCUGACCCAGCUACUGAAUUCAUUGUUAUGCUUUAUGUAAAUAUUAGGGUAACAAUGUACAUCUAAUUUUUAUAGAGACAGAAAAGCCCCCCCCCCAAGAAAAAAAAAAAAAAAAAAAAAAGUGUGUUGUACUCAUUUAGGUCAUUGCGCAUAAGCUUUCUAGUUUGUGGGAAAGAUACUGUCAGCAGUGUGAAGCUGUUCAGAGUAAUAAUUGUUAGUUUUUGGUUUGCUGGAGUGAGUGGGAGUAUUCAGCCAGGUAAUUCCAUUGAAGUCAGUGGUGGGAAGAUCUGGCCCUCUGUUUUUUGGUUUUGAUUUCUCUGGUUUAGUUCACUUUCAAUUAUGUAUUUGAUUACAGCCGGGAUCAUAGUGGUCAUUGUACUCGGUGAUAAGUAAACUAGAGAUUUUCUGCUCUGUGCUUGGACAGCUGAACAGUUAAUAGACUCUUCUUGCCCUAAUGAGCUCUACAUUCCUAAUACUUUUCCAUUGUUUUGAUUUUCUGAUUAAAUUUUAAAAUUACCUUUACUA